CGAGAAUACCCCCCUCCCUAACCCACUCUAACCCUAACCCUGCUCUCCUCUGCUCUGCACUGCCCUCCUCCUCGUCCUCUUGCGCUCCUUGCCCUCCCUUCCUUCCUCAUGCCAUGCCUGCAAUCUAACGAACGCAUCACUGCCAUCUCCACCACCACCACUACCACGUCACUUGCACUGGAACCUACCUGCCCCCCUUCCCUCCAUCGCCUUCCGUUUCUCUCCCUGCCCCCCUCCCAGUCCAGUAUGAAUUACUUUCGGAGGACGGCCUUGGAGAUUCUUCAGCUGAAGGCGACGUAGUCAUCCAAACUUCAAUCUAGUGUACAUGUCAAUUAAACUUAACAGUAACGUUGGUUGGCUUCUUUGAAACUGAAAAGAGUUCUGUGCGUUCAGAUUGAGAGUGGUUUGUAUUUCUAUAAUCAAUUAUUUGAGCCAACUCUUUCGUGAGCCGCCUUUAGUGACAUAAGGCACUGUUGCCAGAAACUUGAAAUACAAACAUCUUCAGAGGAGUAUUAUUCAGUAAUCGUCCACUUUGACGAGAUUACAUUCCGUUUUAUUUUUCUGCUUUCCGAUUGCCUCAUGAUUCGGCCAAUGCAACUACCUACAGACUUUUGACGAUGUUAUUCCAGGUCUCCGACGUUUCAGAGCAUCUACAUACACCAAUUCGGCAUGUUCUAGGCCUGCAACCCUCUGGCAGUAAAUAUCUGUUGGGAUUUUGAAUUUUUGAUGGUAGGGAUGGCUCUGAUGGAUUAGUGGUGUUACUUUACAAGAACCAACUAGUCUUAAAUAUAUUCUCUUAAGUAGGUGAGCAUAAAUUUUUAUAUGUGAUUGUUCAACAAAUAAUUAAUAAUGAAUUUAAUUAUGCCUAAGUUUUUUAUCAAUGUUGAAUUUAAUAUCAAUAUUUUUAUCAACUAUUAGGAUUACUUAAGAUUGAUUGUUUAGCUUUAGUAUCAUAGAUUCAAUUUGGAAGAUAGAAAAUUGUAUAACUUGAGUAAUGUGGUUAAAAGAGUGUUUAGUAAAUAUUCUUGAAAUAUCAAACAAAUCUAUAAUAUAAUUUUCUACAAGUGGCGAGAAGGUGAAAUUGAAUUUUUUUAUAUUAAUUCAUCAUGGAAUAUUUGUUGAAAUUAUUCAAGUACUAUAUAAUCAUGGUUUGGAGGUUUUUACGUGGUUCUUUCGUAUCAAGAUCUUCAAGCACCAUAGAAAUAUCAAGUAUAUAAGGUAUUUUUGGAGAUACUUGGAAAGGAUCUGAAUUCUACAUUAGAGCAUUCAAAGUUUUAUUUAAAAAAAAAAAAAUUGUUGAAUAGAAACCAAUGUACACAUUUGUGUAAGAAAAUUGAACAUGUUAUAAAGAUUUUUGACCACCUACUCCAAUGCACCAAUGGAGUUUGGGCUUUUAUUGAAUGAGUUAUUUUUCAUCUUAAAUAAAUCUUAUUUUUUAGUAGAAAGUUGUGGAAAACCAAAUUGGUGUGAAGAAGCCAUCUUCCAAUUGAAUAACAAAGAAACUUUUAGGGAAUUACUUUUGGAUUUAAAAUGUUGUUGUGAUGUAGCAAGUGAUUUGUUUUUAAAUUAUUGUCCCAAUAAAUUUGAAGACAUCACAUUUGCUACAUUUGAUGUUGUAACAUGUGAUGAAAUAAAAGGUGAUGUUAAAUUUCUACAUGAGAGGUUGAUCCAAGCAAGUGAAGAAGAAGAUUUUGAAUAUUGUGGUCUAGCAAUGCAUUUAUUAGAAGACCUACUUUGUAUAGAAGAUGAAGAAUGGGAUGAUUCAAAACUAUCAUCAAAUAUGAAGAGUGUUGAAACCAUAAAAUGCAUAAGUAAUGGAAAUUAUGGGGUAGUUUAUAAAUCAAAGUGGUUUGGAGUUUUGUGUGCAAUCAAAAAGAUAUUUGGAUAUUGCACUUAAUAAGUUUUCUGAAAGAGAAGUGACUAUUUUAGCCAAUUUAUGCCAUCCUAAUUUGAUUACAUAUUAUUUUGCAAUGAAAGGUAAUGCCAAUGAAAGUGGUGAAUCUUUUGAGACAAAAGUUGAAAAAGACUAUUUGUAUAUAGGAAUGGAAUUGAUGCAAACAAAUUUAAAUGACAUAUUGAAAAAAGAAGAACAAUUAUCUUACAUUUUUCUUAUUGAUAUUAUAUAUCAAAUUGCAAAAGGGAUGUGUUACUUACAUGACAUGCAUAUUGCACAUCAUGAUCUAAAACCUCAAAAUAUUUUAGUUAAUGUUAUGAAGACAAAAAUUAUGAAUAAGAUUGUUUUACAUGCUAUUGUAAAAGUGAUAGAUUUUGGAAUAUCUAAGAGUGAAGUUGGAAGCAAUCCAAAUACCACAAAGAAUAAAUUUCUUUAUGGUACUAUUGCAUACAUGGCUCCUGAGGUUUUAAAAUCCAAAUUUGAAACAAUAAUUAUAUGCCCUUUUGAAGCUGAUGUUUAUUCAUUUGCAAUAGUAUGCUCCAAGAUUCUUACAAAGAAAGAUCCAAUUUGAUGGUGUUCGUGGGAUGAAAGAAAUAUUAGAAAGAAUUGAAAAAGGUUGAUUUACCUGAAGAAGAAAUAUUUGGUAGAAUACAAUAUUUAUUACAAAUAAGAAAACUAUGUGCAAAUAAAGUGAAGGUUUUAUAUCUUGUUGGAAUGGGUGGAAUAGGCAAGACCACAAUUGCAAAGGUUAUAUUGAAUGAUGUAAAAGCCACAUAUGAUGCUUCAUGCUUUAUUGAGUGCAUUGAAAGUGGUGGUGAUUAUUUUUCAACUUCAUGCAGUAUCUUAGAACAAUUUCAAGUCAAAGAAAAACCAAUGGAUGUAAAAGAAGCUCAUAAAAUGCUAAAAGCAUUCUUAUUAGAAAACAAAACCAUCUUGGUCUUUGACAAUGUAAAGGAUCAAAGACAAAUUGAAGAUGUUGUGCCUAUGGAUGACAUAUUAGCUAGCAAUAGUAGUACAUUAAUUGCAACAACUCGAGAUUUAAAAGCAAUAAAGCAUUGUAAUAAAGAAGUUUGUGAAAUAAAUAUUGAAGAACUUGAUGAAGAAACAAGUAUGAAGUUGUUUAUUGCUCAUUCAUGUAGCCAAGAAAGUCUACUUAAUGAACUUAUUGAAGUUGGCAAAAAAAUUGUAAGAGCUUGUAAUGGCCUACCAUCGAGUCUAAAAGUCAUGGGAGCAUUUUUAAGAGAGAAGAAGAGAUUGAGAUGUUGGGAGCGAGCUUUACAAAAGUUGAAAAGUGGAAGAGAAUUAGAUGGAGAUGAAAACAAUAGUAACUACAAGAUUUGGAAGAUAUUAAGAGUAAGCUUUGACAAUUUGAAAGAUGAUGAGAAGAAAAUGUUUUUAGAUAUAUGUUAUUUUUUUUGUAAUGAUGUCUAUCCACAAGGCAUGUCAAAAAAAGAGCAUUGCGAAUAUGGGCUAAUAGUCAUAAAAACAUAUUGGAACAUGAUGUGGAAUGUAUAUUAAAUACAUUGAUUUACCAAUCAUUGAUAAAAAUAAACAAAGAUGGAAUUAUCAGAGUGCAUGAUCAACUACAAGACAUGGGUAGGAACAUUGUUGAAAAAGAAAUAAAAUAUAAAUAUAGAAGAAUAUGGAACUUGAAUGAAG